CACCAAUCAAAGAGCUGAUUUCGAUUCUAUUGUUUCAAGCUUUGAGUGAAGGUUUAGGGAGUUAUUGAGCCUCAUGGUCAUGUGUUCCCCACGUGAAUAUCUGCCCAGAUACUGCCGAAACGAAUAUUCUCAUAGAAGAUAAUAGGGCCAUAAACUUUAAUCCGCUUAUACGCGAGAAUAGAACGACCCGUCGGACUGUGGUGCGUCUAGAUAGUUUCGUCCUCAUACAAAGCCGUUCCAGGCUUUUCAUUACACUCCUCAUAAAACACAGACAACACAGCCCAAGUGUUAAGCGAGCAUCAAUCUAACGAUACCUGUCGGAUGUCUGAAAGCAUUUUUAUUUCCGAACAAGAAAGACCCUGUUACAUAUCGUUAAAUGAAGAAUCCAGGGCUGGUUCUGCUGUCUACCAUACAAAGCGACUGUGAAUACCCUCUUGAUUUUGCUGGGUUUUGAAGACCAAGCUCAAGUAGCCAGACCUUCUUCGUUGCCAUCACUGAAUUGACGAUCAAGAACGGGCAAGCAAGUUCAUGUCGUGGGAUAACAGAAGUUUGGGAGCGCUCUUGGGGCUUAGAAGAUACUCCUUCACCUGGGAGUGAACAACAUGAACCAUUUCCUCGGCAAGAGGCUUGUCACCUGUGGGACUUCAAAUUUGUAAUAGAGACCUCCCGGACUCUAAUAUGGUCUCGCUAAUGUAGGCCUCAUCGACUUAUGGGUCUGUCCAGGCUUUGGAAGUUCGUCCACCGGAUAUUUGGACAAGUCUUGUCAGAACUAAGAAUCAAUGCCUCAGCUAGCUCUCUCGGGUCGAGAGACAGAACGGCGAAAAGGAUUCACGAAAAUGGUUUUCACUUUCUCGGGAAGAUUCAAUUCUUUCCACUCUUGAGAGUGAGCCUCACCUAGUUCUCAGCCUCAGUCUUUCUGCUGCUGCCUGUGCCCCGCAAAUAUAAAUCCCAAGCACAACACCAACAAACAAACAUUUGCCUGCACUCAAAAGCCCCAAUCUCUGCCCAACAUGGCGAUCGAGAUUACCUCCAACUCAGAUAUGCCGCCAUGCCUCAAUACCGAAGCGAAGCAGUUCAAGAAAGCUAAAGAGCUGGCACGAUUACACCGAGAUACUCCCGUCAAAAGUGCACGCAGUCCCAAACCACAGGGCUUCUUUAGCCGCACAGUUAUCAUCACGAUGAAGACCGGUGAAGAGCUAGUCUUCCAAUUUCGACCUGAGGCUCUGGACAUGACACCUUUCCAAAAAGCUCGUGCUGUGCUCGGCGAUGUGGUUCCUUCAAUCGAGCGAAUUGAGGACGAAGCCAUGUUCCAAGCUUCGAUUUGGGUCUAUUGCAUGACAUGCAUCGCUGGAUCGACUUGUUUCCAUGCACGUAAUGGCAGAAGCGCAGAAGGCAGGCUCCAGGCUACCAAGACAUUGGGUCAAAUUCUCUCCAAAGGGCACGUAGCUGGAGAUGCGGCUCAGGUUGUCCACGAGACAAUCAGGCCUCAUUUGGAGGUCCUCCUGUCGGCGGAGAACUCUUCCAUUCAAUCAUUUCAUUCUGAGAUCAAAUCCAUGCUGGAUCAAGUCGACAGCCUUGCCGCCUUGCCGCUGUACAUAUCGCACUUCGAUCUUAACGAUGUCAACAUCAUGGUGGACAACGACUGCAGGGUUAGUGGUAUCGUUGACUGGGAGCUUUCAACGAAACUACCAUUUGGCAUGGGCUUGUGCCGGAUUCACACUUUGGCCGGGUUCUACAGUCAGCAGAAGUUUGUGAUGCCUCCGGAAUUCGAUCAGGCGGAACGCGGAUUCUGGGGCGAGAUAUUUGAUGGCAUGCCGAAAAAGGUGCGGGAAAUUAUGGAGCAAAAUUUAGCUUUGGUCGACCUGAGCGUGAAGGUUGGAGCGCUUUUGGAUACCUUCCAGCUUGAUGAGGGUAAAGUCGGUGGCAUUAAUCCUGUUGCUGUGGAAGCUCUCCCCAAGUUUCUGACUUAUCGUAUUCCACAGUCUAGGGGCUCGGGCGAGCCAUAUCUGGUAUGAGCACUGUAGGGGAGAUAAUGGGAGACUCGUACAAUAUAGAAGACGGUUGCAACUUGGACUGGCAAAAAAUUUGCAAAAUUUUCACAGGUAUCCCCUCAACUUCCAUGCCAAACGCACUUGUUACAGAGGGUGGCCAGCCUGAAGCCAGGCCCUGUAAUUAAGCGAGGAACGCCUAAAUCUGCAACCUGCACUGAAAGUAACGAUUUUCCCACUCAAAUACCAAGACACCCGUGCUGGAUAUUCUGAAAGCAUUUAUAUACCCAAAUAAGGAAGAGCCUGUCACAUACGACCAUAGAUUGAGGAAAUCAGGGCAUCCCGUCCGCUCUGCCGUACUUAAACCUCAAAUCGGUGGAUUAGUAGUUGGGUGGGUGACCACCAGCGAACACCCACUGUUGUAUGUUUUUUGACUUUUCUUUUUCCUUUUGCCGAGCGGAUGCAGGGAGUUGGAUAAGACACAGGAACAUUUCUAUCUUAAGAUCAAGGGAAUGAU